CUACUGUGCGCUCCGUGGAUGUCAGUGAUCCGCUUCCCACUAACCCAUGCUGAAUUCAUCGCGUUAUGCGACUUCCCCCGGGACACUUCUGGACUACAAUUCCUGCACGCGGACCUACUUAUGAUUUUUCUGGGGUUUGGUUGCAGACUUUGACAUUGGACACAUGAAAUAACAAGAAGGUUUUCUUUUAUAUGACGUCUGAUGACCCCCCAGUGACGUUGUGGAGUCUUGUAAAGCUCUGAGAUGAUCUCCCGGCGGCCACCUUGGCACACCUCUGCGUGAUGAAGGCCUCUGACACACUCCUCAUCCUCGUCCUCCUCCACAGGACUCUGUGUGUGUCAGGGAGGACUGUGAAGGAUACAAUUGAGGAAUGGAACCGCUACAGGAAGGAAUGUCUGCUCCAGAUGAGUACAGAACCCAGACCCAAAGGAGUGUUUUGCGGUCGUAUGUUUGACAUGUACGCCUGCUGGUCAGAUGGGAAACCAAACUCUACAGUCAAAGUGCCCUGUCCCUGGUACCUGCCCUGGUACAACCAAGUGCGUAAUGGCUUUGUGUUGCGGGAAUGUGGUCCUGAUGGUCAGUGGAAGACCAGCAACUCCAGUCACACCUGGAGGGAUCCUUCUCAGUGCAACAAUGACAACAGCCAACAGGAAGCUCAGAAGAAGCAGAUGCUGAUCUUAGCCUACUUCAGAGUCAUGUACACAGUGGGUUACUGUGUUAGUCUGGCCAGUCUCUCACUGGCUCUGAUUAUUCUGCUGUUCUUCAGGAAGCUGCACUGCACCAGAAACUACAUCCACACCAACCUGUUUGCAUCGUUCAUUCUGCGAGCGGUUUCCAUCCUGAGCAGAGAUGCUCUGCUGAGCAGAGACACUCCGGAGUUCAGAGACAACAGGGACAUCUUGGAAGUGCUCAGUGAUCAGGCAGUGUCGGGCUGCCGCGUGGCUCAGGUGCUGAUGCAGUACUGUGUGGGCGCCAACUACUACUGGCUGCUGGUGGAAGGCCUGUAUCUCCACAACCUGCUGGGGAUGAUGGUAUUCUCCGAAAACCGCUACUUCUGUGGAUACCUUCUCAUUGGCUGGGGCUCCCCAGUGUUAUUUGUGGUUCCUUGGAUUAUUGUACGUUACCUGUUUGAAAACACAAGGUGAACUUCUUCAUCUUUAUUCGCAUCAUCCAGAUUCUUGUAUCCAAACUGAAAGCCCAUCAGAUGAGAUACACCGACUACAAAUUCAGACUGGCCAAAUCCACCCUGACCCUGAUCCCUCUGCUGGGGAUCCAUGAAGUGGUCUUCGCAGUGUUGACAGAGGAACACACGGAUGGCAUCCUCCGCAACGUCAACCUCUUUUUCCAACUCUUCUUCAACUCUUUCCAGGGUUCCUUCGUAGCCAUCCUCUACUGUUUUAUCAACAAGGAGGUGCAGGCAGAGAUAAAGAAGAAAUGGCAGAGGUGGAAGCUGGGGAUGACCGACCUGGAUGACCAGAGAAACACUGGCAGCAACACGCCACAGGUUGUUGCCACCAUGCCACCAUGUAGCCAGUGCCCCCAUCCGUCUCCCGGCCAUUCUCUCGCCAAUUGCCAAGAGGACAGCUGCCUCUCCACUCCACCCCGCCCGUCUGCUCCUCCUAACCCUCGGCUACCACUUCCUCACCCCUACACCCAGGACCAGCUGGGAGCCAGACAGCUAAAGACCUACAGCUACGUCCCUGCUCAUACACAGGGUGGAGGAGGAGGAGGAAACGAGGAAAAGUCUUGUGAAAGCUACUGCUGAAAAGAAGUGUGAACUAGCCAGACCCUCCUCAGCAGCGCUGGGGAGGAAGGUCUGGCAAAGUGAGACUAGACUCACUAACACCCUGACAGAGGAUUUCAGAAUCAAAAAAGGUUUUAUUGCCAAGUAAGUUUUUUUACGCAUACAAGGAAUUUGUCUUGUUGUUGUCACACAUUCUCUAAAUAAGACAAGAAUCAGAUGAAUAUAAACAAUAUAAGUAUUAACUAAAAAAUAAAAAUAAGACAGAAUAAAACAAGUUAAGUAAAAAGGAACAGUACAGCAAAGUAAGUAAAGUGGCAUUAGGAGCCAGAGGUGGGGUGUGGAGAGAGUCAGGGUGGGUUCCAGGCCUUGUUGAUACGGCUAGUGGCGGAGAGAAAAAACUGUUCUUGUGGAGUGAGGUUUUGAUCCUGAUGGACCUCCGCCUCCUGCCAGAGGGGAGUGACUCAAAGAGUUUAUGGCCGGGGUAGGAGGGGUCAGCCACAACCCUUCCAGCUCACUUCAGAGUCCUGAUGGGGUACAGGUGCUGGAGCAGCGGAGGCAAAUUGCAGCCAAUCACCUUAUCUGCAGACCGAAUGACACGCUGCAAGCUGCCCUUGUCCUUGGCAGUGCUAGCAGCAUGCCAGAUGGUGAUGGAGGAUGUGAGGAUGGACUCAAUGAUGUGCUGUGUAGAAGUGCACCGACACUGUCUUUGGCAGGUGGAAUUUCUUCAGCUGCCGCAGGAAGUACAUCCUCUGUUGAGCUUUCCUGAUGAGGGAGCUGAUGUUCAGCUCCCACUUGAGGUCCUGGGAGAUGAUAGUUCCCAGGAAGCUGUGGAGUCACAGAGGGUGAUAGGGGCAGGUGAGGCUGAGUUCUUCCUGAGGACCAUCUCCACUGUCUUUAGAGCAUUGAGCUCUAGGUUGUUUUGCUUGACCACGUCACCAGGUGGUCAGCCUCCCACCUGUAGGCAGACUCACUCACUGGUGACUGGAGGUGCAGCUGUUGGUAGGAGAAGAGCAGAGGAGAAACAUUCACAUGCUGCUUCCAGUCAGAAAGUCAGGCACGCCAAGCUGGGAGAGCUUCUCCUGAAGCAGAGCUGGGAUGAUGGUAUUAAAGGCAAACCUGAAGUCCACAAACAGGAUCCUGGCGUAGGUUCUUGCAGAGUCCAAGUGCUGGAAAUGUAGUAAAGGGCCAAGUUGACGGCAUUGUCUACAGACCCAUUGGCUCUAUAGGCAAACUGCAGGGGGUCCAGGAGGCAGUUGGUAAUGGCUUUGAGCUGAGAAAGCACAAGUCGCUCAAAGGACUUCCUAGCCCCCAGGGCACAGGACUGUUCACUUUUUACUUUGGAAAUGUUGACUUUGCACUUUUUUUACAGGCUGAGUGGUUUAGAAACCAGACAGAUUGAUUCACAUGUUCUUAAGUGCCAGAAUAUCAUCAACCCUGUUGAAGUGUCUUACAGCAACAGAAUCUCAAGUAUUUCCUGGUGGUGUAGCUGACCCUGAUCUUCGACCAUUCUGUCAAAAGGGGGGGGGGGGGAUUAAAAGAGAAUUUCCAUUUGUGGAUAAUUUAAACUCAAGGGCUCAUGUCCUUCGGCGUAAAUCAGCUGCUGAUAGAAACCAUCCUCUCUGUUUAUAUUCCCAUGGAGGAAGCAACAUGAGUUCCUUUCAUUUUCUACCUCUGAAAUUGUUUUGUGUUGAAACAUGGAAAUGUGCCAAAAUGGUUUAAUUGAACCAUUUUCCUGUAAAAGUGAAUAAAAUCCCAAUGGUAUUCUUUUUCCAAGAAAAUCCAAAUCUUAAUUAACUCAUCCAAGGUACAGUCAUAUCUACUAUUAGUCAUAUCCGCCCUAAAGAAUAUUCAUCUCCUUCUUCCACAGUACACUUACAGAUGUUAAUUGUUUCUCAUAACCUUCAUUUUACAACUUAGUGCAAACAUAAAAAUCACAAACAAAUCAUCACAAAAUGAAUAUUUGAAACCUUGGUGGUGCUAAAA